UAAACACUUCUCCCCGGACCGGUGCGGAUGCGCAAGCCCCGGCAAGGCCAGCUCCAACAUGGACUGUAGCUGCGUCUCCGACCUUCUCUUCGCCCCGCCUGCCCUGCCAGCUCUCUGGACCCCUGGGUUUGCCUUCCCGGAUUGGGCCUACAAGCCAGAGUCGUCCCCCGGCUCGAGGCAGAUCCAGCUGUGGCACUUUAUCCUGGAGCUGCUGCAGAAGGAGGAGUACCAGGGUGUCAUCGCCUGGCAGGGGGACUACGGGGAAUUCGUCAUCAAGGACCCCGACGAGGUGGCUCGGCUCUGGGGCAUCCGCAAGUGCAAGCCCCACAUGAAUUAUGACAAGCUGAGCCGGGCCCUGCGCUACUACUACAACAAGCGGAUUCUCCACAAGACCAAAGGGAAGAGGUUCACCUACAAGUUCAACUUCAGCAAAGUCGUGCUUGUCAACUACCCACUGUUGGACGUGGCAGCAACCACCACGGGCUCUCCACUCUUGCUGACCCCUGGUCCCUUUGGGGGAGCCCCUGGGCCAGAUGCUCCUCCCCUCACCCCCGAGACCCUGCAGACCCUGUUCUCUGCCCCACGCCUGGGAGAGCCGGGGGCCCGGGCGCCCUUGUUCACCCCCGAGACAGACAAACUGCGUCUGGACAGCCCUUUCCAGUUCCUGGGCUCUGGUGCCACCGGCUAUUCCAAGCCCCCCGGCCUGCUGGGUCCCUUCGGCCGCGUCUUCCCGGAGCACCCCUGGAACGUCAGCCCGUACCUCACCGGCCCCUUCCCCAAGCUGCCCCCGCCUCUCUACCCCCCAUUCUACCCCAACCCUCUGGCCAGUUCCCUGGGCCACCUGCCCUCAGCAGGGGCAGGGGGAAGCCCCACCGCUGCGCCCCUGCUGGCUGCCACCGCGGAGGGCCUGGGCCCCGAGCGCCCCUCCGGCCUGGCAGCAGCCCCUCGCCUGGCACUGCCGAGGGCUGGGGGCCCAGAGGCUGCGCUGGCGGGGAAGGAGGACAGCGACUCGGAGCUGGAGAUUACCGACGUCAGCGGCUGCAGCUCUGACAGCGAGGGCGAUGAGGGCCUCCCCGUGCCCCCCAAGGCCAAGGCGGGCAAAGAGGGUGUCGGCAGCUGA